AUGAACGACGAUGAGAAAUGGCGUAUUGAACAUGCGAAAUUGCAUGCGAAACAUAAAGGUCACGAGCAAAUGCACAUGGAAAUGUUUCUGAUUUUAAUUGUCACUCUUGUUGUGGCGCAGAUUGCACUCGUUCAGUGGAAAAAACGACAUUUCAAAUCAUAUCAGUUAUGUACUCUACUUGGGAUGUGGCUGAUACCGGUGUUUGUAUGCGUACAAAGAGAAUGGUGGCGUUUCUUGGUCACAUGGGUGUUAUAUUCGGUGUUCUCAACAUUCAUUUGGUUUAAGGCCACUAGACCACAAAUAUCGGGAACUACUCCUAGGUUUGUUUAUACAUGGUUUCUGUUCCUGCACAAACUGAGCUAUGUUCUGGGCAUUGGUGGUUAUCUUUUAAUAAUGUUCACACUUCUUGGUGUGAAUGUGAUAUUUGGAAUGCGUCCGAAUGUUACUAUGGAUGCUGGUUUAUUACUAUUGCAGUAUUAUACGCAAGAUGGAUUGCCAAAGAAAAUACUCGAAUCGGACGUGUGUGCAGUGUGUGGUAAUCGUUUGGAUAGCGAAGCUUACGAAGGAGGUGAAUCGGAAUCAACCUAUCGACUGACAUGUGGUCAUGUAUUUCAUGAGUUCUGUAUUCGAGGAUGGUGUGUAGUGGGUAAGCAACAGACGUGUCCGUAUUGUAAGGAGAAAGUCGACUUGAAACGAAUGUUCAAAAAUCCAUGGGAAAAACCACAUUUAUUCUUUGGGCAAUUAUUGGAUUGGAUACGAUAUUUAGUGGCUUGGCAACCACUGAUCGUGACGUUCGUUCAAGGAAUCAACAAGGUCAUUCUGAUACCUGAAAAUACCCUGACGUUCCAUAAGAACGAAGAGAUUGGAACUUAUCGAUCGAACUCAUACAGUAAGUUGCAGUUCUGA